CUCCAGCAGCCUCGCCUCCGCUUUUUUUUUGCGCCGGACGUCGGAUGCCUGUGCCGGCCGUGGCGGCUGCCGGGCCGAGCCGCGCCGUAGGCGCGAGCGCGGCGCCCUCGCGGCGGGCAGGGCGCACCGCAGGUCCCCUGACGACCUCCUGGCCUCGCGGAUGGCUUUCGCGAAGCCCGCGAAGCACGUCACGACCGCGGACUCCCUCGGCUUCGGGCCCUACCCGGGGCUCUCCCCGAAGCAUGGCGGACAGAUCAACAUGAACGCCAUCUUCCAGAGCAGGAACCUUCAGGAGGAGAGGUGGUACAGGGAUGUCGUCCGAGGCAAGCCGAAGGGAGGGCCCAGCAACCUGGGCGUCCUCCGGGGCUUCGAGGUCCUGCAGAACCCGACCUACACCGACGUCCGCCGCGCCACGGGUCUGGCCAAGCUGCAGUCCUCGAGUGCCCAGGCGCUCAGCGCGCCCACCGUCUCGGAUCUGCGCCGGGCCCCCGCGGAGGAGCCGGCGCCCACCUUCGAGAGCACGGCGAGCCCUUCGGGCUGCGGCGCCAUGGCCAGCACCUGGCCGCCGCAGGGCGGCGCGGGCCAGGGCGCCGAGGCGUGGGUGCCGGGGCUGCCGCGGCGCCGGAAGGCCCCCAAGGGGCCGCUGGCGCUGCCAGCCGCCGAGGCUGCUGCCCCACUGCAGCUCUCGCCGCCGCCCAAGUACGCCCUGUGCCGGAACUCCAUGUGGCACAUGACCGAGCAGUACCCCCACGGCGCGGGCGCCGGCGCGGCAGCGGCCCCGCCGCGGGCGGGGCGCACGCAGGGGGCGUGGCAGGGGCCCACGAUGCCCAAGUACGCGCUCACGCAGAACAGCAUGUGGCACAUGAAAGAUCUCGAGGAGACCGGCGACCGGACCAAGUCCGGGCGCAACCUGCGAAGGGUCCUCGGCAAGAGCGGCUCCGCGCCGGGCCUGUUGGCGUCUCGCGGCGUGCCCGCGGCGAGAUGAUGCUUGCUGGCCGGGCGCGCGCCGUGCGCUUCGGGGGGUGGCGUCCGCUUCCAAGGAGCGGGCGCGGGCGCCCUUUGAGGGAGGCAGUGUGGACGGUGCCCCUCCGAAACGUGACUGCCUGUGGUGACUCGCGGG